GGCGGGGUAGGCGGUGAGGUGGGGGGCGGCGAUGCGCGCGCGCACGCUGCUGCUCGCGCUGGCUGUGGCGCUGGCGGCAACAGCGCGAGAGUUGCGUGUACUACAGGACGCACGGACCUCGUUCUAUCUGGCGAUCGCCGCACCGUCUUCAGCCUCCGACUUUGUGCGCACCUUCAAUCGUACUCUCAGCGAUCUAUCCCAAACCUAUCUCGCCGGGGAUUAUCCCCUCUAUUUACGCAAUAUCACGCUGUUACCGCUGUACAUCGAGCUGCCAGAAGAUGAAAGAUUCAGUGCGCGGGUAUUGGAAGAGACGUGUGCAGCACUGGAGGGGCGGAGGGUUGCAGCGCUUCUUGUUUGUGGUGGAGGCUCUGCUGCUGCUGCGCUGGUUUCAACAGCCUCCCGCGCAGGUGUUCCAGUUAUCCGCGCAUCACCAUCUCACUUGCGGUUCGCCUAUACCAUCGCUAAUGAACUGCUGCCUUUGGAGGUUCGACUGGAGAUAACAGCAAGAGAAACAUUACAUGCACUCAGAGCCACUCUACUGCACACCCAUUGGCAUACCUUUACUUUGCUUGCUGAAGAAAACAUAUAUUUAACGCUAUCGCUAAGGAAGGAUCUCUCUUCAAUCCUUACAACUCAACCGCUUAAUCCUAAAUGGCUCUCGCUUCCUUCGAAUUAUACACGCCGUGCCAUCUUUAGGCGACUUGCCGAAGUCUCGAGACUGACACGGGGUGUGGUUGUUCUAAUUUGCGAUAUUAAUUAUGCGAAGCUUAUUAUGGACGAAGCCAAACGCUUAAAUAUGCUUGAUGGCCAUUUUUUCUGGUUAUGGAUCGACGCUUCUAAUGAAAUUGAUGUUUUCCAUAAUAUCGGAAAUCGUACUAAAUAUGCAGAGGAAAAUUUCAAGGAGAGCUUGAAAGACAAAGACGAAGCAUUUACAUUUGAUGAUUUUGAGCGUAUCAAACGAGAUCACUCAGACAAUAAUUCAUUAGAAGCAAAUAGUCCUAAAAUUACGAGAAAAAAUAAUAGAUUUUCAAACAAAAGUAGUAUUAUGGGAAGUAGACAUGUAAGAAAUAUUUCAAAGAAUUCAAUUUAUCGUCGUGUUAGUAGAAAUACAAAUAAAAUUGAAACGCACAUGAAUAGUAAAUUAUUAUAUACAAAUUUUAGUCAUUCGUAUAAUGGUAGUCGCAAUAUUAGUGAAAGUGUAAGGACUUAUAAUAUAAAGAAAAAAGGCGUUGAAACUUCUAAAAUUGAAAAGAACUCAAUUGAGAGGGAAAAUUUGUCCUUGCUCGAUAUAAAUAAGGGUAAACAGACUAGUUCUAAUGAAUUGAAUAGUGAAUCUUUUAACAAAUAUGUAAAUAGUAUAAAUAUAAACAAAGUUUAUAAUAAAAAUGAAGUAUUAGAAGAGAAUACUGUAAGUAGUAUUGAUAGUCAAGAACUAAGAGAUAGAAUAUUAUUUUCAAGUGAUAUUAGUGAUUUCAUUAUGAAUCCCACGGUGCAAACUCCUACGAGUAAUAUAAGAGGUGCAAUCGAGAAACGAAAUAAUCGAUUUGCGAUGGACCACGAGGAGCCAAUUAGUAGAGACGAAAGUGAUAUUAAAAAAGUAUUUAAUAGUCUCCCAGUUGGGUUACUAGCAUUACAUCCGCAGUCUAUGAGAAUAGAUAGCUCCUUUGCAAAGGCUGCUGUCAGAAUGAUGGUUGGAGCACUCAGGCGUGUACUUCGCGCAUGCGACGCGUGGUCUGCUCAAGCACAAUUUUUUAGCGACGCAGCAGCAUCUUGUUGGGAUGAACCCAGUGAUGCUGCAUCAGACUUUUCCAUGGAGUUUGUGAGAGAAAUAAGAAUCUCUGCAACUGCAGCAUUAGCAGGCGGAUUUGAACGCCCAGAGCCGUCUUUAUUAGCUGAGUUCGCUUUUUUAAAUUUAGUAUCAAACCCCAAUGGUGGUAAUAAGUGGAGACAAGUUGGCCAUAUUCUUGGUCGCAGUGUAAGACUUCAUACAAUAGUGUGGCCAGGAGGUCGUCUAGUUGCUCAUGGCCAAUCAUCAGGUGCUCGCACUAUUUUCCGCAUAGUUACAGCUCUAGCUCCGCCCUUUGUUAUGGAAGGUGAAUUAGAUGAAGAUGGUCAAUGUCUACGUGGACUUCCGUGUCAUCGUCCACAAACGUCUGAUCGAGAUAAUCUUACACUUGUUUUUAAUGAAUUAGAAAGAGACGGCGAUCAAACAACAACAGAUUUUUUUUUCCCAACACCUAAACCGUCAACUAUUUGGAAAAUGGCCACUCAUUGUUGCUAUGGAUUUGCAAUGGAUUUGUUAGAAAAUAUCGCAGAAGAAUUAGAAUUUGAUUUUCAUUUAUAUAUUGUAGAUGAUGGUCUAUAUGGAUCUCGAAAAUUAGUAAAACCAUUUCGUAAUUUCAAUGAAGAUAAAAAUAAUGAUAAAAAACACAGAUCAAGUGACCAGUCGCAGGCCAAGCAUCGAGACGACGACUUUAUUGAUAUAGAUAAAAAUGAGUAUAAUAAACAAAAUAGCUUGACAGGAGACGGGGAUUCCGAUGACAAUUCUGAUAUAUGGAAAUGGAAUGGUAUUAUUGGAGAUUUGGUGUCUGGAGCUGCACACAUGUCAUUUGCUGCCCUUAGCGUGUCGGCUGCUAGGGCAGAAGUAGUUGACUUCAGCCAACCUUAUUUUUUUAGCGGAAUAUCUAUUUUAGCAGCACCAAACCAAAGACCAGACAUACCACUUUUAGCAUUUUUGUUGCCGUUUUCUCCAGAAUUGUGGAUUGCAAUAUUCACCUCACUUAAUGUUACAGCUAUUGCUGUAGCAAUAUACGAAUGGCUUUCUCCAUUUGGAUUAAAUCCGUGGGGUAGGCAAAGAUCAAAAAACUUUAGUAUUUCAAGUGCACUGUGGGUAAUGUGGGGACUUCUUUGUGGACACUUAGUUGCUUUCAAAGCCCCAAAAAGCUGGCCUAAUAAAUUCCUAAUCAAUGUUUGGGGUGGCUUUUCUGUGAUAUUUGUCGCAAGUUACACUGCUAAUAUAGCAGCUCUGAUAGCUGGUUUAUUUUUUCAUAAUGCUGUUGAUGACUACCAAGGAAGAGGCAAUUGGUUGUCUUUACGAGUCGGCACAGCAAAAUCUUCAGUAGCUGAAUAUUAUAUUCAACGAAAUAAUCCACUGUGGGCGCAACAAAUGCGUCGUUUUGCCCUUCAUAAUAUAGAGGAAGGAAUUGAGCGGCUGAGGAAUGGAAGUUUGGACCUUUUGAUAGCCGACUCACCUGUUUUAGACUAUUAUCGCGCCACAGAUCACGGCUGUAAGCUUCAACGCGUAGGAGACCAUGCUCUCACUAAAGAUAUUUAUGCAAUAGGAAUGUCAAAAGGAUUUCCUCUAAAGGACAGCAUAUCGGCUGUAAUAGCCAAAUAUUCAUCAAACGGUUACAUGGACAUUUUAACUGAGAAAUGGUACGGUGCUCUACCUUGCUUCAAACUAAGUCCUGAUUAUGGAAUACAGCCAAAACCACUCGGCGUUGCGGCUGUAGCGGGUGUAUUUAUAUUACUGGGAGUAGGAAUGAUUGUAGGAUGCUUGAUAUUGAUUUUGGAGCAUCUUUUUUACAAAUACACGCUUCCUAUUUUACGCCAUCAACCGAAAGGAACUAUUUGGAGGAGUCGAAAUAUAAUGUUUUUCAGUCAGAAACUGUACAGAUUUAUAAAUUGCGUCGAACUUGUAUCACCACAUCACGCAGCGAGGGAGCUCGUUAAUACUAUUCGGCAGGGUCAUUUCACAUCUUUAUUCCAAAAAAGUGUAAAAAGGAAGGAACACGAACAGCGUAGAAGAAGAAAAAGCAAGGCACAGUUCUUUGAAAUGAUCCAAGAAAUCAGAAGGGUCCAACAAGGUCGUGAUCUUUCAUUGGAUUCCAUUAAAGAAAAUGCUGUUGUGGAAACUUCAGAAUUGUCGGAAGAUGUAACCGAGACAAAAUUUCUUUCACCGUCACCCGACGUAUCAAGUCAUUCACCGCGUCGAAGCAGGUCACCAAGACAAUAUAGAUCUCCAAGAAGCAAAAGAAAAAGGUGCAGUUUAGCGGGUCUUAAUGUACGUAGAUUUAGCACUGAUUCGGUCUUAGGGUCCGAUUCUGCUUCAAUAUAUGAAAAAACUAGUAUUAAUAUUGGUCGAAGAUUAAGUCGUGAUGUCAGUUUCCUAACCAAUUCCCCGCCGGAUAUUAAUACAAGACUACGUACACCAUCGCCGAUGGUUAGACGACCCGAAGGAUCCUCUACAAGAUCUUAUCAAGACAUGUCUGAUUCUUCUCCUAAUUAUUUAGCCAUAGACGCUCCAAGUCAUCGAGCGAGUGUGGAAAUAAUGGUUACUCAGGAAUCGGAAAUUUCAUCUGCACCGCCUUAUAACCGAGUGUCUCCAAUGGGUGCAAGAUCUGAAUUAUCUCGAUUAUCUGAAGAAGAACUGAUUAGAUUAUGGCGAAGUUCUGAACGUGAAGUUAGAGAGGCUCUUUUGGCUGCAUUACAAGAGAGAAGAGCGAGUCUGGAGCCAAAACAAGAACCAGGAUGAACACAGUUCUAGGCCAUUUUUAUGGAAUGAAAAAUAUUAGAAAGAAACCAGUUUACAUUCCUCUUAGCAGUUGAUCGCGUGAAUGAGGGGUAUUUAUAAAUGAAAUGUUUGUAAUGAUCAAUGAAAUGCUUUCUUUCAGUGUUUGAUGCGGAUGAAGCCGGCGAGUUAUAUAAACAAUUAAUCAGUGUUCAUUUUAGUGUCUUGUUAUUAUUGUAUUUUAGAUAGCUGCCUUAUACUUUUAAAUUUUUCAUAAAGAUCCGUAUCAAACAAUUUGAAAGUUGUGUGUAAGAGGUGAAUUUUGACAUUUUUACGUCCAUAAUAUUUUAUAUUUAAGAUUUUAGAAAUAACAUCAACUGAUUCAGUUUAUUUAUUGUUAUUAUGAUUUAAUAGUUAUAUAUAUGUGACCAUAAUAUUUGAAGUGCUUUAACUUCCUUCUGUUUUAGCUCGUAAUCACUAUUUUUUGCUUCAUCAAAAUUCGUAGCUUAUUGUUACAAUAAAUAAAGAAAAAGUCUAACCUACAAAUAAAUAAUAAUAUUUGUAAUAUAAUAGUUUGUAAAUGGAGUUAUUAUAAAUAAUAUUUGUGAAUAUUUGUGAAAGAAAAAUGAAAUGUAAUUAUUAUUCAGAAAAUUCCUUUAUAUCAAAAUAUAACUUUGUGUAUAAAAAGUAAAUUUAUUAUAUUUGUAAAACUACUUACAAAAAUUAUUUUAACCAUUACCACUAAAAACACGUAUUUAACACUACAAAUUAUAUUAGUAAGUCGAAUGUUUAAGGUAAUUGAAUACUGCCAAAUAAGUUAAAAUAGGUAAAUUUACACUUCCUUAGAAUCUUGCACCCUAGUUUUUAGUUUAGUUUAGUUUAGAUUUUUCUAUUCCCAUAUUAAACUAACAACAUCAUCUUUGAACUAACUCUUACUUGUUUUAAUUUGCUGUUAUUACGAUUACAGUAAGCGGAAUAUGUCAUAAUCUUUGAUAUGUAUAUUUGUUUCCAAUCAUUUCCACAAUGCAAAUACGCAACUGUGGUAUGUUUUCAUGAAAAAAAAGUGUCAUAUAAUUAACGUAACUGGUAAAGAUGUGUAGAAAAAUGUAUUCAAAGAUAACAAAUAUAAGCAAUAUCUUUACUGUAAUAUUAUUAUCGAGUGCUUAAAAUAAAACAAUAUAUUACUUAUACUUAAGGAGAAUAAGGUAUUUAUUUUCGUGAAAGUAAAUUAGUUUCCACAGCCAUGAUUUAAAUACUAUCUUUAAUUUAUAAUGAAAAUAUUUAGUUUUUAAAUCAAAAUUACAAAGCCAUAGGUUAUUUAUUUUAAGUAAAAAAUUAUUCAAACCACUUUUAUAUCUAGUAUUCAGAUGUGAUUAUUUUGUUAAAUUUUUUUUUCAAAAUGAAUUUCGGACCAAACUUAUUUUUCGGUGUAUAUUCAUUGUUCAUAUUUCUAUUGGAUGUGAUUCAUCUAGUGAUAUUUAAAGUCUUAUGCAAUUCUCUAUACUAUAUAGUAAUAUUGUUAGACUAUACCCAAAAAAUUAAAUAGAUAGCGUAUUUCAAGUAUUUUCCGAUAGAUAUAGUCGGAGAACUUAAUAGAUGUCUUUUUUGAUCACUUUUACUUGUAUGAUCGUAUCUGUACGUCGUAAAUCAUUUCGUUAAUAUUUAACUAAAAUAAUAUUUCCUUUUUUUUUUUUUGUAUUUUUGUCCAUAACAAGUCUACUUCCGUAUAUUUUCUAUGACAAAAAAUGUGAAACAAACAGAACUGUCAAAAAUUUCGCGUGUAUUAAAAAUUUCUGUUAAAAAUUAUGGUUCAUAAUUAUCACUCCGUAAAUAAUAAUGUACAAUAACAGAUGCAAUGUAUUAAGAGUGCAUUCAUAUGUUUCUGAAUGAAUUUAUUUAUUGUAAUGAAUAGUGAAUUCGUGUGCAGAGAGGAAAUUAAAUAUAAUUCUAGAAUUAUUUUUAACGAUUCAAAUAUUUAGUCCGUAUUAAAUUAUCAUGAACGGUUUCGAAAUAUAAUUAAACUAAUUAAAAUUAAAACAUAAUUUCAUUCAUUGAACUGGAUGUUUGUAGAAUUAGUUGUAAUUGAAUUAAUAUAUACAAAACGCCAAUUUGAAUAUAUAAUAAAUAUAGUUAUAAUUAACGAGUACAUUACUGUACAUUGUAAAUACAUAGAAUAUACUGAAGGUGUUUGUGAAAAAUGUGUUAAAAAUUUUGUAAUGAGACAGCAGAUAUUAUUUAUUGACUACGCUUAAUAUAUUUGUUUAGUGACUAAAAAAGUGCAAUUAUGUAAACUUACUUAUUGUUUGUCCAUAUUCACAUUACACUGCAGUUUAGUUUGUAAUAAAGAUAUAUGGAAUUUUAUUUCUUAAAAUUUCACGGAUUAGGUAAUUUUUUUUUUUCAAUUAAGAUUUUUUUUCUGUAGUGUGGUGUGAUGUGGUCUAUAUGUUUAUCUUCAUAGUAAAGAUAGCGAUGAUGAGUAUAGCUGAAAAAUAUAGAAUUGUGGAAAUA